UUCGAUUUCCUCAGAAACGUGCCAUCUUUUGGUCUGCCCAGUCUGAACCUCACGAUGCCUCAAUGCUCACAAAGUGGACACGAUCAAUGAUCCCUCUUCCCCGAGCGUCCCAACUAGAUUGAAAGAAAUCUUCAAACCCGGACAACGGCAACAUGCUCGAUAGUCUCAAUCUCCCCGCCUGGCGCGCGGCCGAUUGGGUGAGCCUCGCCGCUACGCUGCUCGCAGUCAUCCUCUGGCGCCGAUACACCAUCAGGUAUGACAGCUAUGCGCGCCAGAACGAGAGUAAAACCGCCGAUGGCACCCCUCCGACUUUCCCUUACGUCUUUCCGCUCCUAGGGACUCUACCAAUCUCGUACUUGUGGAAGCCGCGAGAUUUUGUCCUGAGCCGAGACAACUUCUUCCAAUCUAAGAACCCCGUCCGCGUCAAGAUCCUGACACAGGAGUUCUACGCUUUGCGCGGCGCAGACAAUAUCAAGGCGAUGUUCAAGGCCUCCUCGGUCUGCUCGUCCAUUCCUUUCGUCAAGUUCGCUCUUGGACACGCCUUUGGUGUCCCAGCCAAGGCGUUGCGCCUAUUCGACAAAGACGACUCUGGUGGAGGCCCCGUGCCAUACCCGGACAGUACCGUGGAAGCUCGCAACCGGAUCGAUUAUCUGAACCACCAGACUGUCGUACAGUUCCUCGAGGGAAAGGGAUUGAUGCCUUUCUGGGAAAGGUUUGAAGUUAAUAUAACAAAACAGCUGUCUGGAGUCUACAAGGGCCUUAAUUCGAAUGAGUGGGAGCGGCGUGAGGAUCUCUUGAGGACAAUCGGGGACGAGACUACGGUGGCGAUCCUGACUGCUUUGUGUGGUCCGCACUUGUUAAGGCUGAACCCACACUUCCUGCAGGAUUUCCGGGACUUUGACAGGAAUUUGCAGACUUACCUUCAAGGUAUUCCAUGGUUCCUGGCGCCGCGGGCUUACGCCGCUCGGAAACGAGUGCUGGAUGCUGUGCAGGUCUGGCAGGAGUAUGCCAGAGAGCAUUUUGAUGAUUCAGCUAUCGAUGAAAACGGCGAUGAUCCUUUCUGGGGUAGCAGCUUCUUCCGAAUGAGGCAAAAGACGUUUCUCGAGAUGGACGGUUUUGGUCACGAUGCCAUAAAGUCAGUGGACUUUGGCGCAAUAUGGGCAUCACGAAAUGCGACUGCCGCAACGUCUUGGGCAUUGUAUGAUGUCUACCGAGACCCGGAACUCCUCGCGAAUCUUAGAGCCGAGGUUGAUACCUGUUCAGUCCAGGGCAAUAACGGUCUCGGCUUCAAAAUCGAUCAACUACUCCACUUGCCAACGCUUCAAGCCGUCUAUGCUGAAACUCUACGUCUCAGGAUGCAUUUUUAUCUUAUCAGAAUGCCUGAUCGGGUAGAUAUGAAAAUACAAGGUUCUAUUAUCCCGAGGCAAAGGGUUGUCGUGGCGCCGACAACGGUUGCGCAUAUGGAUCCCGAGGCAUGGAGUACCGGUUUGAAUGGCGAACACCCGUUGGAUCAGUUCUGGGUCGGGCGGUUUCUCAAUUACCCACCCAAGCCGAAUUCUGGGACCAUGCCAGAGUUCUCGUCAAAGAACGUCGGAGGAUCAUGGAUUCCGUUCGGAGGCGGUCCCCAACAGUGUCCGGGGCGUCACUUUGCAAAACGGCAGAUACUGCUGACCAUCGCCAUGACGGUGAGCCUCUUCGAUUGUGAAGUGCUGGAUGAAAGCGUUCGGGAGGACUUUACGUUGUGGGGAUUCGGCAGUGGCGUGUCCAAUCCAGUGGGCAAAGUCCCCUUCAGGAUUCGACGCAGGAGAGCCUAGGUCACAUGCAAGGCAUGGAAACUUGGCUUCUGCGACAUUGUAAAUACAUAUCGUCCAUAAUGGUCAACGACAAAAGAGGUUUCGAUAUUUGAACCAUCGAUCUCUUCCGUUUGGGUCCAGAGCACUCCGGGCUGCAAGCUCUUUAACUUUAAUUUUAAUAUAUUUCUUAAGUGGUUUUGUUUCUCAUCCACAUACUUAUAUAAAACUAUAUACAUAACGUUCAUAUAGUAAUAAAAGCUUCAAGACCUAGCAUUUGAAAAUAA